GACAACGGCUUCACUCAACAUUAUUUGGUUUCCGAUCGGCAAGUUGAUGUUUGGCCAACCGCCAUUAAGCAAAAGAAAAGAAAGAAGCUGAUGUUUGAAUGUGCCGUAUUUGAAAGACUCAUACAAUCACGUAGCUUUUUCGACGGAAUAUGGACGAACUAAGACAUCAGGUUAUGAUAAAUCAGUUUGUUCUCACAGCCGGAUGUGCGGCAGAUCAAGCAAAGCAACUUCUACAAGCUUCACAUUGGCAGUUUGAGACUGCCCUCAGUACCUUUUUCCAAGAAGCUAAUAUACCCUACAGCCAUCAGAUGAUGUGCACGCCAGCAAACACACCGGCGACGCCCCCCAACUUCCCAGAGGCCCUAGCCAUGUUUUCCCGCCUUAAAGCCUCCGAGAGCUUCAGCAACGGUAGUCCUAUUGCUUCUAUGGCAACGUCACCGGCGCCUCACGUCAGCUGGGCUAUGAGCCCCCCGGCAACCCCUGGACACCAGGGACGAUGGACUCCGGGUCAGCUUCCAACGCAGACGGCAUCGCCGGGGUGGCCAGCAGCUGUAACUCAGCAAACCUCCAAUGAGCAUGUCAGCAUGGUCAUGGAGGCAGAAAGAUAAAGACUGCUUGGGAAACCAUCACACCAUACAGGAACAAGAGGAUGGUCGUCCUCUUGAUGGUUUUGGGCAGUGGAUUUGUAACGGUGUGAGAGCGAUGAUGAAAUAAGCAGGAUGGGAGAUUCAUGGCAGCACUGAUGAUGAAACAGCAUACACUUAUUUUUCUUAAAAUACAAGAGAUCAGAGACUAACAGUUAUAUUUUUGCAAAACAUGGAUGAGAUGAGAAAUUAUGCAGCAUAUGCAACCUCAGACCAAAGAAUGUGUUACUGAAUCAUUUUAUGUUCAGCAGUCAGUUUAUGGUAAAUCAUUUACACUAUUUUGCAUUGUAUACUAAACUGCAUUGACUUAAGGGCUACUGGACAGAUCUACUACAGACAUCAUAAGGGGUUUUCCACCUGGUUUGUAAUUAUUGACUUUUUAUAGUUUGUGUUGCCUGAAGAUGAAUUGAAAUGUGGCAUUCACGUCAUUGAGUUCUAUGGUUCUGAGUCAGCUGGUCGGAAAACAUGUUUGUUUUAUCAUGAAUUCCUUUUUUUAGUGUAUCCAGCAGGAAUGUAUUACUCAUGUUUCUCUUCUCACAGAUCAUCUCCCUGUAUGACUGUGUUCACACUGCCGCCACAAUAUUUGUGGAUUAUGUGAUGGUUUAUCAUUUCCUAUUUGUUCUGUUUAUAAAUAAAUAUUGUAUAUA